AUGAUCCGCAUAGCAAAUGCCGUUGCCUUCCUCACUAUCCCCUUCAUCAUUUUCCACCUGACCGUAUCGCGAGCUUCUCAUUUAUCUGUAUUUGCAAUCCACCCUGAUGUCUCGGAAACUGGGCAUUGGGGGCCAAGUGUGCAGGUAUCACUGGUGACUGUCGCGGCCGCUGUUCUACCUCCGACCGGACAUGUCUUGCUAUGGGCUGCAUAUCAGGCCGACGAAUUCAACGGUGAUGGUCCAAAUAUCGACCGUACAGUCAUGGCUAUAUAUGAUCCGCAGACAGGUGGUGGAGGGUUAUGCUGGAAAAAGUGCGAGGAUAAUGUGGCGAGCCAUCUAGACGUGCAAGAUUUUCCGCCCCCGUACUCAUUCGAAUCAGACCGACGUUUGAGAUCUCGUCCAGAAAUUCUUCAAGUCUCCGAUUCCGCAUAUCACGGAGAGCAUAUCAUUGUCAUGACAGAUACGGUGAUAUCUGACUUCACCAUGAUCCGGUAUUCGUCUGUUACCCAUUCUAUCAACACUGAUCAACGACGAGUACCGUUACAGCUAGACCUUAUUAAAGCCUGGACCUCUGACGAGAAUGAAUGGCGAUAUCAAGCCCAGAUCCCCCAAAGCUCAGGGAUUGUUACGCCGGGAAAUUAA